AGACUCCUGGUACUCAAGUCCUAGACUACUUUGGAGAACCUGAUCCUGAGAUUCCAGCACUAUGUCUUACCAACAGCAGCAGUGCAAGCAGCCUUGCCAGCCUCCUCCCUUGUGCCCACCUCCAAAGUGCCCUGAGCCUUGUCCUCCUCCAAAAUGCCCAGAGCCUUGUCCUCCCCCAAAGUACCCUGAGCCUUGUCCUCCCCCAAAGUGCCCAGAGCCUUGUCCUGAGCCAUGUCCCCCUCCCUCAUACCAGCAGAAAUGCCCUCCUGUGCAACCUCCUCCACCAUGCCAACAGAAGUGUCCACCCAAGACCAAGUGAGGCCUUCCACAGUCAUCAGGACAAGAGGAAGAAAAGAGAACCAAUCACAUGUGCUUCCAAAGCACCACCUCCAUCUUCCCUUCAAAGUCUCUGAAGAAUGCAGAGGAAUCUUCUAUACCUCUUAGCCUCCAUGUGUAUGUAAUGACCCCUUACAGGGAAGGUGUUUCCCUGAAGUUGUCCUGCUUUUGUUGUCAAGGGACUGCUGAGAAUGAUCUGUCCUCAGUGGUUCAGUAUCCCAGAUGCUCAAUGGGAAGUGCAACUGCUAUCUAUUCUGUGCACUCCGAAGAUGUUUUUCAAAACUGUCAGUCACCUUAUUGUAGUGCUGCCACUGUGGUUCCAUUUCCUGAAUAAAUCACAGUCUAC